AUGAGUGGCUCAGGGCCUCGUGUCGCUGGCAAGUCGUUCGUCCUCGUGACAGAAAAUUGGGAUGACGACUUUGACUUCCAGCCUGUAAGCGAAAGUCAUACGAACAUCACAUCCACACCGGCCAAGGAUGCAUCCCUGAGCCACAGAACCGUCAGUUCCGACACUUACGGCUGGGCUCAACCUGGUCCGUCCACUCCCCCCAAGAGAAUCGGUGCCGACACCGAGAACUGGGAUGUCGACUUUCAGGACAGCACCAACUCCCCAUCGCACAUGCGUACACCUCCUAAGUCGCGACGCCGCCGUGCGACCGAGAAUUGGGACGACGACUUCGAGGACAGACAAACGUCUCCGAGCAAGAAAAGCGCGAGAUGGGAUUGGUCAGACGAGGAGGGGAGCGAGUUUGGAAUUGGGGACAGAGAGGAAGACAGGACACUGACGUCGCGGUUCCGGCGCGGUGCGUUCCCUUCUGUUCUUCUCCACGAGUCCCCGCCACCGCCAGUGCCUCCCAUCCCAUCAUCCUUCGUCGACAGUCGUCUCGAUCCGCAGCCAUUUCCAAGGUCGCCAGCUGCUUCUGUGUUUUCUGUUCCUGUGUCUGGGCACGGAUCGGUUGCCGGGCACUCGUACUCGUCCACAACCCAUCUCGCUUUACGUCCAACGCUCUCUACCAGCUCUUUCGGCGCUCUUCCACCCAGUCCGCCCACACAUCAUGCACGCGAGCGACGCCGACUUCGCAAAAAGUCUCGACCGCCACGCGUCGAUGCAAACAUCUAUGAACUCGAGGACCAAAGCGACCCUCCUCCCGUCACACCGGAACGUUCAAAGUCCCCACCGCACGACUCUCCCCCAGAUGCGACACCCUCGAGCGCUGGCAAAAGUUCGCUCGUCUCACGCAUAGGUUCCGUGGGCAAGAAGUGGGGCGCGGCGCGCAAGAAGCGGGCUAGUAUGGGUCCCGUGGAUUUGGCUCUGGACGAACAGCGCGAACCCCAAGUUACCACCUCUCGGCCGGCGUCGAUGGCGGUCCCGUCCUCUCCCCCAGCUUCGAGGUGGUUUUUUCGCGCGGGUGGCGGCCCUGGCGCGGGGACCGGCUCGCCACCAAGUAACGCGUCGACCCUACCGCUCAAACACGAAAAGUCCGUGGACAAGUUCCUGGCCAUGGUUGGCCUCGACCAGCAUGAAACGCCGUCGAAGCGCAAGCAAAAGAUACGCCAGGCGCUUCCUAAGGACCUUACCGACAUGGCAAGUAAGCGCGAGUCUCUUGCGCCCGAGCCGUCUGUGGUUGCUGGGACGCCCCGAACGCUGCGUCGUCCCCAUGGAUCUCGUCAUGCCAGCCACAGUAGUCGUCGAACGAUAAGUAGCCGCGGCUCCUCUGUGCCAUGCUCCGCGUCCGCGAGCGUGGACGAUGUCUCGAGCAGACGUGUCAGCUACGCACCAUCAUCUCAGGACGACGAUAUGCGAACCCCACGCAAGUCGCGCAGCAGCCUCGAUCCUGAGUCCGGGAGUAGGAGUUUCAUGGGCGGAAUGCGGCGCAUCAGCCUGACUAAAAGACAUAGGAGGUCCAAAACGACUGUACACGAGAAAGACAAGUCUCCUGAAGGGCCGUCGCGCCCCAGCACAUCAACUGCAGCAACUGCGGUGCCCCGCUUGUCCGAGCACACGGCCUCUGACAAUGGGCUGGACAUCACGCCCCGCCCGCCGUUGCGCAUCGCCCCACGUCUUUCUAUCGACGAUAAGUCGCUUCUGCCGCCAAUUGAGCUUCGACCGCCAUCGCCAUCGCCAUCGCGUGAAAUGAGCAAGAGCACGUCUGAACCCGUCGUCCGUGAUAGUAGGCUAGAUACAGCGCUUGAAUCAGCGCUCUCAUCCGUGCCGUCCUCGCAUUCCGGCACCGUCAAGGUAUUCGAUUCAAGUUCGCCACCUGCGUCAUCGACACUAUCGAAGCUCUCCGUGUCACCGCAAUCGGCGUCGCUUGGCCGCGCAACCCAACCACCAAAGGGCAAAGAAGUGGAUAUUCCCAUUGCACGACGCAACUCCCUGGGCGACCUCAAGAUUCCUACACGAAUCAGCCAGGCUCAGGUAGGCCUCCGGAGAGACUUGGGUAUGGUGCGGGAUUUUGCUUACAGCGUCGAGCACCUACGAGAGCUGCAGACCACGUAUCACGGUCUCGUUGUCAACUUUCAGGCCAUGCUGGUCGAAGUCGCGCCAGUGGAGGAAACGCAGCCUCGCGUCAUGCCACCUACUCUCUUCGGCCUUCCGCUUCCUGGCUACAGGGCGCGAUCCAACACGAAUCCUCAAGCGUCGUCGCAGGCUUCCAAGCGAACGGCUGAGCACCGCGAACUUGCUGCAGCCUAUCAUAGUCUGGAGAGCAAAUACCGCAUAGCGUGGGAAUGCGCCGAGCUACUCGUCGAGCUUGGCGGCGGAGCACCAGUGCAACCGCCGUCAUCAAGUUCAUCUGCUUUGCACACAGAACGUUCUCAUACACCGGUGGCCGACGGACGAAGGAGUCGUGAAAGGGCAAUCACACUCGCUGGCGAUGAGACGAAACCCCAAGUGCCCUUCGUUGUCGCCGCUGGUUCGGCUAGUAACCCCUCGCAAUGGCGUGCAUCGACAGGUCGACACGACCUGAGCCAUCGACAGCUGCUCCUGCUGCGUGACAUGCUCAGUAGCCCGGACUUGUCAGCGAUCGUGACUCUCGAUUCGCACCCUGAGGAUGUCAACAGGGAUUGGCGCUGGGGCGAUGCUAUGAGCAGCACAGUCACUCUACCGAGCGAGUAUUCGUCGCAACACGAUACAGCAGCGCAUGGAUCGGCAACUGGUCCUAGGCGCAAGAGCGGCCGCCUCGGUAUGCGUGCGCUACGAGACAUGCUGCGGUCGUUGAAGAAGAGCCACGCUGGCAAACAUGGAGGGCAUCACUCGCCGACGGUUCCUCCGAUACCCACAUCGGCAUCGAGUGUGUCCAUGGGCACCAUGUCGUCGCUCAACUUGCCGAAAUCGCCGGAUCCUUCCGCCGCUCAACGCCCACCAGCGAAGACGAGUACCGGGCCUGAGUCGGUCACGUCCCUCCGUGAACAUCCGAAUUCGCCGUAUACUACGCCAGCGUCAGUGACGCAUCGCUCAUCGCCACGAAGGCCAUCUCUCGCAUCUCUCUUCAAGCUCGGCCAGAAGAGCAGGUCUUCGACGGCGAAGAGUAGCCCAUCAUCGGGCCCUGGUCGCGAACUGUCUAGGGACGAUUUGCAUGCGAGCUCUGCGAGCCCGUAUCCCCCUUCGGCACCGGAAGAAGACUGGGAUAAGAUCGAGUCUGCGUCAGAUUUGGAAGCUGUAGAGGCAUCAGGCCUGGCGACGGUAAGACGGAAGAAGCACCGCUCGAUGUACGUUUCCGCGCAAGAGGCGGCACAGGUUUCAAGAGGGAACCUAAAUGCCAGUCAACUGUCUCUACCAUUCGCAGAUCCACCCCCAACACUGUCUCAAGCUCGAGCCCAGGUCCUAGCUUCCGACCUCGAGCGCAGCGGUUCGCAUACGCGCUCGACGAAGUUGUCCGACGUCAAGGAGCUCGCCGAACUCGACGGCAUGUCAGCCCGUCUGAUCAAGAAGACAACUUCGAAAAGCAAGCGACAGUCAUACGCUGGCCCCAGCACGAAGCGGCCCACGUCUCGAAAUGGCAAAACGGCUCAAGGAACCGGCUCGCUGCGCUCCCCACCGCCGGCAUGGCAAGGACCUGUCGAAACCCCCGACUCGAAGCAGAUCCUAUUACCGGGCGGUGGAGGGAUCUCGCUGGCCAUGACGCCGGAGAAUAUUCGCCCGCUCCUGGAGAACGCGCGGGACGUAUACGUGCGGUGCUCCGAGUGCAUCGUCGAGAUGAAGUCGCUACUCGCAGCCCAUUCGGAAUUGGGUUGAACAGUUUCUCGCCCCUGCGUCGAAUCGUGUACGUUUGAUACCCGGUUCACAGUAAGUGCAAUUCGCGCUCUUUGUUUGUCGUCCAUCGCGUAAUAUUUGCUAUCGUGCAUACGUUGUCCUUCGCUUUCAUCCCAUUAUACCUCGUUCGCAUGUUCAAUGUUCGUCAUCCUGUGUCUGCACCCAAUCAUUUGUGUAUAUAUACCGUCGCAUUUAGGAAGAGAUGGAGAAAUAUAUGGACUCUGCAUUGACGUUAUACGCACAUUGGGUGCAAAUGUAGACUUGG